AUGGCGGCGAAUGGCCAUGCGCCUGGGAGUGCCGUCGUGGGCGUGACGAUAUCCUUCACCAUACUGGCCUUCAUCGCAACCUCACUCCGAUUCAUCACACGCUUCGGCAUCGUUCGCAAUGCUGGCCUCGACGACCUCGUCAUAUCGAUCGCGGUGGUGUUGUCAAUCGUCUUGACAAUGACCAUGUGCCUACAAGUGAAGUAUGGCAUGGGACGACACGCAGACAGCUUGACUGACCACGAGAAUGUGUGGUCCCUGAUCUGGUUCUGGACAUCCGUCUGGAUAUACUACCUGGCACUAUGCUUUGCCAAGCUGUCCAUCUUGCUGCAGUACCUGCGCAUCUUUCCGGAUCGAAACUUUCGCAAGGCAUGCUUCACAUUGAUGGUCGUCAUCGUAGGGUGGACCUUGUGGGCAUUCUUCAGCGCGCUCUUCGCAUGUUGGCCAAUACAAUCAUUCUGGCAUCAUGAGAUACCUGGCUUCUGCCUGAAUCGACUGGCAGUAUGGUUCUCAAACGCCGCAGUCAACAUCAUCACGGAUGUCUGCACAGCUCUAUUGCCUUUGCCAGUACUCAAGAGCUUGAAUCUGCCAACGAGACAGAAAUACAUACUCAUGGCAGUGUUCGGCCUUGGAGGUGUGACCUGUAUCUGCUCCAUCCUCCGCCUCUCCGGCUUAUAUGCCAUCUCGAGAUCGAGCGACGUCAGCUGGGACAAUCCUUUAGCAGCACUUUGGUCCUCCAUGGAAGUCAAUGUGGGCAUCCUAUGCAGUUGCCUUCCGACACUGAAGGGCUGCAUCUCCCGCUACUUCCCGACAUUAUUCAAGAACUCCAGCUAUGGCUCACGACACAUCACCCCGUUGGAACUAGGCAACCCCGGCAAAUCUCACGCGAGCUGCACAGCAGGCCACAGCCAGACCGACAACCACAUUAGAUCGGCGGGUCGGCUUUCCAAAUUCGGAGGUCGAUUCGGUGGCAUGAAAGCGAAAGAUCUGAAAGAGGUGGAAGAAGGCGGCAGUCAAAGUACACAAAGCGAAAGAGAUGGAGGAAGUCCAACAAGGGAGAUCACUGGUGGUUUUUGCGCGAACAUGACACAGGCUAUUCCGGGGAUACACGUCACGACCAUCGUGGAGCAGGAAGAGGAAAGGCAUGUUCCAGGUGAAGACAAUCUAGUGCACGAGAGUGAGUCUAUGAAGGGACUGAUGCCGGCGUACGCGUAA